CUGUGCAUCAUCGGCGUUUCGUCCUCCUGGCCAGAAGGUGGCGCUGUAGUAGCAGCUGCAUCAUGUUUUGAUUAGUUCAAGAUCCAAACGAAGAAGACGCCCAUCUUCUACAAGCGAGCUGUCAAGCUUUUUUAAAGGUCAUCGGCAUCACAGUUUCCUCUCCACACAGUCUGCAGACUGUUCUCCCACUGAAUCAUGGGAACUGACAGAAGGCUGAGCCGAGGUGAACGCAGUGGAAGAUAUGGUUCUGAUGGGAGGAGAGAUGCUGAUCCAGAGUGGGACGGUCAGCAGUCCAGAGACGACGAGGGGGUCUACAAGGGGAGCAGUAUGUUCGACAGACCCCGAGAGCGCUGUGAUGAACCCAAAGAAGGAGACGGUGCAGAGAGAAAACGGAAACGCCACAGCAGCGACCAAUCCGAUGACGAGGAUGAUGGCGAUUUUCCUGAGCAGGACUGCAAAAUGGAAGAGGAGGAGAGCAAUACAAUCAUGCUGAGGGGUCUCCCCCCCUGCGUGACAGAGGAGGAUAUCGGCGCGGCGCUGGAGCAGCUGCAGGGACCUCAGCCUGUGGACAUCCGGCUGAUGAAGAAACGCGCAGGUAUAAGCCGAGGUUUCGCCUUCGUGGAGUUUUAUCACUUGCAAGACUCUACCCGAUGGAUGGAGACCAAUCAGAAGAAGCUGGUGAUCCAGGGGAAGAGUGUUGCAGUGCAGUACAGUAACAGGAGGCAGAAGUUUGAAAACUGGCUUUGCAAUUCUUGUGGUCUGUAUAACUUUCGCAAGAGGGUGAAGUGUUACAGGUGUGGGACGGGGAAAACAGGAGAAUCCUCUGCUGGACAUGUUCUGAGUUCAGAACCUCAACAAGCAGGAGAGAUUACUGGAGACACGAUCAUUCUGAGGAACAUCGCCACCGCGUCCACGGUUGAAGGAAUUCUGAACGUUUUGGCGCCCUUCGCUAACCUGUCGACUAGCAACGUCCGCCUGAUCAAAGACAAGCAAACGGGGCAGAAUAGAGGCUUCGCCUUCGUGCAGCUCUCCACUCCCUUGGAAGCUUCUCAGCUGCUCACUAUUCUUCAAAGCCUCCAACCUCCUCUGAAGCUGGAUGGGAAAACUGUUGGAGUGGAUUUCGCCAAGAGUGCUCGGAAAGAUUCAGCUCAGACGGAUGUCAUCAGAGCCAGCGUUCUGUCUGUGGCCAGCACAGCCAUCGCAGCCGCGCAGUGGUCAUCCAGUCAGUUGCUUCAGAGCUCUCGAGCCAGUGCCAGUCUCCUUGAGGGACAUGCAGCGCAGACACAGAGAGAAGCAGCUCAUCCAGAGUGGCUUCAGCAGCCUCUUCCUGUCGCUGGAGAUGGAUUACUAGGAGCGGCUCCAGCAGUCAAGACAAUAAUCCCUGCUGCUGCAGGUGUGAUGGUGUCCCAGAGCGCUCCUGUCUACCAGCCUGCUCUACAGACUCUCCAGGCGGCUGGUGUUUGCUCCACAUCGGUGGUAACUCCAGCAUCCUCCACUGUUGAGAGAGCAGCCUGUACUGGACCCACUGUAAGCCCAGCAGCUGUUCCAAACCCGUCUGCUUACCAGUAUGAUGAGUCAUCAGGUUACUACUACGACCCCCAGACUGGUCUGUACUAUGACUCCUCCAGCCAGUACUACUACAACUGCGAGACUCAGCAGUACCUGUACUGGGACAGCGAGACGCAGACAUAUGCUCCUGCUACAACAGAACCCGUCUCAAACGCUGACUCCAACACUUGUUCUUCCACCGCGUCCAAAGAGCCAAAAGAGAAAAAACACAAGUUCAAGAACAAGUCUGCACAGCAGAUUGCAAAGGACAUGGAGCGCUGGGCGAAAAGCCUCAAUAAGCAGAAAGAAAAUUUAAGGAACCAAACCCUUGGAUCGUGCAAAGAGGAGGACAGGAAGGAGUCUUUAGCUGCAGACGCAGCUUUCUCCCUCUUUGAGAGGAAAGUCGACAAGAUUGGAGGUUUGGAGAUUUCCGAGCUCACCGGUGAACACGUCAACCUCAUGGAACUGGACUCUUCAUCAAAGAGCGACGCCGAUCGUGUUGGAGAACGGGACCAAGAGGAGAGUGGAACGGAGAGAUUAGCAGAUGAGGAGGAGAAGCUGACAGACUGGAAGAAGCUGCUCUGCCUGCUGUGUCGCCGGCAGUUCCCCACCAAAGAAGCUCUGCUGCGUCACCAGCAGCUCUCUGACCUCCACAAGCAAAACUUGGAAAUUCAGAAAAGGUCAAAGCUUUCAGAAACCGAGCUGGAAGAUUUGGAGAGAAAAGAGGCGGAGCUGAAAUACAGAGACAGAGCUGCAGAACGAAGAGAGAAAUACGGCGUCCCUGAACCUCCCGCACCGAAACGGAAAUUCUAUCAAGUUUCAACUCCAGCUGUAAACUAUGAACAGCCCACAAAAGACGGUUUGACCAGCGAUAACAUCGGGAGUAAAAUGCUGCAGGCAAUGGGCUGGCAGGAAGGGAAAGGUUUGGGGCGCCACCAACAGGGCAUCACCACUCCCAUCGCGGCUUCAUUGAGAGCGAAGGGUUCGGGUUUGGGAAGCAAAGGAAGCUCCUAUGAGCUGUCUCCGUCUGACAACUACAAGGAUGCUGUUCGCAAGGCCAUGUUUGCACGCUUCACGGAGAUGGAGUGAACCAAGAGGAGAACCUGUUCUUAACUGUGAAAAUGUAAAAGUAUUCCCUCUAUGUGAAAAAAAGUUUUUUUUUUAGAAUAUCUUGUAAUUCUCUAGCUGAGGAGUCUGAAACCUGCAGCUCCAGAACCACGAGGCUCUUUGACCCUUCUUUGUGUCUCCACCAGGCUCCAGACUACAGUACCCACAAUUCUUUGACACUCCAUCAAUAAUAUGGCUUCUUAGUUUUAUCAAAACGUACUAAAAUGACAGAUUUUUGAGCUCCGUUUACCUCAGAAAAUAGAUUAUUUCAUUUAGGAUAACCCGGUUCAUACUUAAAGAGGAUUUUAUUUUUUUAAAUAAAUCCAGGAAUUCUAAUGUGGUUUAUGUUCGGAAAAAUCACUUUAAUUUUGUUUUGUUUGAUUCAUCACAAUCGGUAGAAUACAUUUUUUUUAAUUUUCAUUAUUAAUUUAUUUGUCUUUUUUUAAUCACUGCUGACAUCAUACUGCCAGCUACUAUAUUUGUUUGCAAUGACAUAAUUCUAUAAGGUACAGUAUGUAUUUUAUUUUGAAAGGAAGUCAUGAGUAUAAGAUCAAAUCAGGAUUAUCUUAAAGGAAACGAAAAACGGAUUGAAAGUUGGAAUUGUAAAUUAAAAAAAAAAAUUAAACAGUUUUAAACUCGAAAAUACAUUGAAAACUUGAAGGAAUUAUUGAAGAUUGGAAAAAAAAAAUGAAAACCUUGUAAAAAAUAAUAUUGAAGCUUGAAAGAAAUAUUAAAAAUUUGAAAAGAUAAAAUGAGACAUCUAAAAAAAAUAUAUAAAAAAUUUAUGUAUUUAUUUAUUUUUUUAAUUUGCCUUUUUGGUCUGUUUGUUUGUGUUAUGUCAGUGUCAAUUGUGUUAAUGUUGUUAUUGUAUCAAAAAAUGGAAGAAAACUAAUAAAAAAAGAGAAUCACAAAAAAAGAAAACAUGAAAAAUUUUGGAUAAAAAAGUAAAUUUAAAACUUAAAAAAAAACCUGUUACCAGUUAAAAAGUGAGCUCAAAGCCUCCAUGCAAAAUUAGGAUCAGCUCUGCAGCGAAAACUUUAAUUAAAACUGAAAACAGAGAACUGAAAGUAAAAAAUAAAAAAACGAAAAAUAAC